ACAGCUUUUUUUCUCUGUUUCUUGGUUGGCUUCCGUGGGAAACUAACGUCCUUCCACGAACUUUUUCUUGCCAGCUACCAUGUUUUCUUCUUCUUCUUCCUUUGAGCUCCCUCUUCUUAUUUAAGACCUCUUGAUCCCUUCCUUCAUCUCAUCUCUCUGCACUAGUUAUCCCCCCCUCACUAUAUACAAAUUGUUUCGCGAUGGCACGCAAUGUGGUUGGUUUUGAAGAUUUCCUCCCAACAAUGGCUGAUAAGUUGGGGGCAGAUGGAUUGAUAGGAGAGCUUUGUAAUGGGUUUGAGUUGCUGAUGGACAAGGAUAAGGGUCUGAUCACAUUCGAGAGCUUGAAGAGAAACUCUUCUCUUUUGGGGUUGCAAGAAUUGAGAGAUGAUGAACUGUUGAGUAUGUUGAGAGAAGGAGACUUGGAUGGUGAUGGUGCUCUAACUCAGAUGGAGUUCUGUGUUCUCAUGUUCAGAUUGAGUCCUAAGCUGAUGGAGGAGUCCAAGAGGUGGUUGGAAGAAGCUAUUGUAAAUGAGUUUGAUUGUUCUAUGUUCUAGACACAUUGGUUUCCCAUUAGGGGAAGGAACUUAUGUUGUAAAUUUUCUUUAUGCAAAUCAUUGAUACCCAAUUCUUC